AAAAACCGGUCUCCCCCAAAUCAGGUACAUUGAAGAGUCCACCUAAAGGCUUCGAUACGUCUGCGAUUAACAAAAGCUAUUACAAUGUGGUGCUACAAAAUAUAUUAGAAACAGAAAAUGAAUAUGCUAAGGAGCUGCAAACUAUGCUUUCAAACUACCUGCGACCAUUACAAGCCAGUGAAAAGUUAAACUCGGCAAAUACUUCAUACUUAAUGGGAAACCUGGAAGAAAUAAGUUCUUUCCAGCAAAUGCUUGUACAGUCUUUAGAAGAAUGCACCAAGUUGCCUGAAGCUCAGCAGAGAGUUGGAGGAUGUUUUCUAAAUUUGAUGCCACAAAUGAAAAGCUUGUACCUUGCAUACUGUGCCAACCACCCAUCAGCAGUAAAUGUUCUCACAGAACACAGUGAGGAACUAGGAGAAUUCAUGGAGAUGAAAGGUGCCAACAGCCCUGGGAUCCUUGUACUGACCACAGGCCUCAGCAAACCUUUUAUGCGUCUGGAUAAAUACCCCACGUUACUCAAAGAGCUUGAAAGGCACAUGGAGGAUUAUCAUCCGGAUCGUCCAGAUAUUCAAAAAUCCAUGACUGCCUUCAAAAAUCUUUCUGCACAAUGUCAAGAAGUACGGAAACGGAAAGAACUUGAACUACAAAUACUGACGGAAGCUAUCCGUUGUUGGGAGGGAGAGGAUAUUAAAACACUUGGCAAUGUGAUUUACAUGUCCCAGGUCAUGAUUCAGUGUGCUGGAAGUGAGGAAAAGAAUGAAAGGUAUCUUCUUCUCUUCCCUAACAUUUUGCUAAUGUUGUCUGCCAGCCCGAGAAUGAGUGGCUUUAUCUAUCAGGGAAAACUGCCAAUGACAGGAAUGACUAUCACAAAGCUAGAAGACAGUGAGAACCAUAAAAAUGCAUUUGAAAUAUCAGGAAAUAUGAUUGAAAGGAUACUAGUGUCUUGUAACAACCAACAAGAUUUGCAUGAAUGGGUGGAUCACCUGCAGAAGCAAACCAAAGUCACAACUGUUGGGAAUCCCACCGUUAAACCACACUCUGUGCCAUCUCACACGCUUCCUUCCCAUCCAGUUACACCCUCCAGCAAGCAUUCAGACAGCAAGCCGAUACCACUGACUCCUGCGUACCACACUCUCCCUCAUCCGUCGCAUCAUGGGACUCCACAUACCACGAUAAACUGGGGACCUCUGGAACCUCCAAAAACCCCCAAGCCUUGGAGUCUGAGCUGCUUACGGCCUGCACCUCCAUUACGACCUUCAGCAGCUCUUUGUUAUAAAGAGGAUCUCAGUAAAAGCCCUAAAACCAUGAAAAAGCUGCUUCCCAAACGCAAGCCAGAACGGAAGCCAUCAGAUGAAGAGUUUGCACUGAGAAAAAGUACAGCUGCUUUAGAAGAAGAUGCUCAAAUUCUUAAAGUCAUUGAAGCAUAUUGCACAAGUGCCAAAACACGUCAAACACUAAAUUCAAGUUCCCGUAAAGAAUCAGCUCCUCAAGUCCUGCUUCCAGAAGAAGAAAAAAUUAUUGUAGAAGAAACUAAAAGUAAUGGUCAGACUGUUAUAGAAGAGAAAAGCCUUGUUGACACAGUAUAUGCAUUAAAGGAUGAAGUACAGGAGUUAAGACAGGAUAACAAAAAGAUGAAGAAAUCAUUAGAAGAAGAACAAAGAGCUCGCAAGGACUUGGAGAAGCUUGUUAGAAAAGUUCUAAAGAACAUGAAUGAUCCAUCUUGGGAUGAAACCAACUUAUAACUAGGUUUUUUUUUUUUUCUUUCUAUUGAAAGACCAGUUGUAAAACUGAGCUGGGAAGCCUUCUGACAUUAGUCAGUGUUGCAUCAAGAGCACUACAAAACAGGAUUUAACUGGAUCUAGUGAUUUCUUGCUCUGAACAUAUAGAAACAGUCAAGCCAUUUACUGAAGCAAUCUGUACUUUAAGUCUGGAGACCAUGGAUCCUGAACUCUACUAAACUUAAUUUGUUUGCAUCUAAAUUACCUCAUUUUGCAGAAAGUGCAGCACCUGACUAAAAGUCCAUGUUUUUCAGUGGCUUUUUAAUUAAAUAUAUAUUUUUCUUGUAAAUAUCUGUAAUUUUGAAUGCAUAUGUGAUUGAUGUAUCAGGGCUGAUAUGUUAUUUUUUUUCUCUUGUUAUUACAAUGGUCACGAGUGUUAGAAAUGACGGCAGUACUGUCUUACCUAAGAAAGGUCAGAGUUCUUUGUGGAUAAUUAUGGAUUUCUUCCAAAUUACCCACUCAUCACACAUGCAAAUUUAAAAACCCGUUUUUUCUUUUGACCACUGUAUUUAAAUCCCUCACCGUUAUUUAUGUCUGUGCAUACAUUUUUGAACAGUUUACAAUUCUUUAAGAACAGUAUUAAAAUACAGAAAAUCGUUUCUUGACAGUAGAAGCAAUUUUUAACAAAACCAACGCCCAUGAUUUAUGUUCACGUACACUUGUUUGGCAGACUAAAUCUGUUGUGUUUUUGGCCACCAAAAGACUGAUGUACUUGCCUGCUUUUUAUGACUGUGAUUUUUAGGUGUUUAUGU